AUGUUCAAACCGCUUACCAUUCUCCCACUGUUGAUCAUCUCAGUUUCUGCCCACAAUGUUCAUCAACUCUGUUUCAAUGGUUCAAUCACUUCUUCAUCAUUCCAAGGAACCGGUGAUCUAUGUCCUUUAUUACCAAACAUAUUCAAAUCAUCAUCAAUUGAAUACACAAGUUCUCAUAAUGUCACAUUAACUUCAAUAACAAACUUACCAGAAUUAUACCCACAUUCAUUCCCAGAUUUCUUAUUAUACGGUAUGACUUAUUCAAUGUUUACUGGUAUUUUAGCUAUUGCUUUCGAAUUUAAAAUAAAUCAGAGAGGUAGUUUCCUUGGUAAUGAUUAUAUUGCAGCAAUUUAUAUCCCAUUAUCCAUGAUUAUUUCAACUCAAUUAUUAUCAUGGUUCUUAUAUGGUCCUGAUGAAUAUUUACAAAAGGGGAUCUUAAGUUCUUUUAAAUAUAUUUGGGAAUUUUUAAAAAGUUGGGUUUUGGAAAGUCAAUUCGAUGAAUUGAGGAAGUUACCUUUUAAUGGAUGGGUUAAUCAUACUGGUGUUGAUGGAUUACAAGGGAUUGUUGAGGUUAGUUUUGAUUGGGCGAUUAGAGGGAAAGAUGGAUUGAUUUAUUUGUUUAAUCCAGAAUAUAAAUAG